AAAGGGACAGUAUGGUCAUAAUUUGAAUUCUCAAAUUUGAAAAACCGCAGCCCACUGACAGCUCUAGUCCCGUCCCACUGUGUCUCCCUGCACAGACAAGCUUUUCUUGUUCUUGAUUUCUUCUGUGGUGUAUUGGGUUUUUCUUGUUUUUCUUCUCUGCGAUUUUAGUAUCUCUGUUCUUGCUGAGGAGAGAGUCAAGAUUUCAUGGCUGGCUACUUUGGGGUCUUGGUUUCGGAUCCAUGGCUCCAGAAUCAGUUCACUCAAGUGGAGCUCCGGAGCCUGAAAUCUUCUUUCAUGGCGAUGAGGAGGGAGAGCAGCGGCGGCUUGAAGCUGGCGGAGCUGCCGGAGAAAAUGUCGAGGCUGAAGCACGUCGGAGAGAAUCUGACGGAGCAAGAGAGAGCUUCGUUUCUUCAGGAAUCGUAUCAGAAUUUGGACGUCGAUGUUGAUUUCGAGCUCUUUUUGAGGGUUUAUCUAAAACUUCAAGCACUUGCAACAGAAAGGCGGGGAAGUGGAGCGAAAAAUGCAUCUGCAUUUUUGAAGUCUCCUACCUCCACACUGCUUCAUACGAUAAGUGAGUCUGAGAAGGCAUCAUAUGUUGCUCACAUCAACAACUAUCUAGCUGAAGAUGAAUUCUUGAAGAAAUACCUGCCUAUAGAUCCAGCAACAAAUGAUCUUUUUGAGAUUGCCAAGGAUGGAGUUCUUAUCUGUAAGCUUAUUAAUGUUGCUGUACCUGGAACAAUUGAUGAACGGGCCAUAAAUACAAAGAGGGUUCUCAAUCCAUGGGAGAGGAAUGAAAAUCAUACCCUAUGCCUCAACUCUGCCAAGGCAAUUGGAUGUACCGUCGUCAAUAUAGGGACUCAAGACUUUAUUGAAGGACGGAGACACCUUGUUCUUGGAGUGAUAUCUCAAAUCAUCAAGAUACAACUGUUGGCAGACCUCAACUUAAAGAAAACACCCCAGUUGGUGGAGCUGGUUGAUGACAGUAAGGAUGUGGAGGAGCUGAUGAGCCUACCACCAGAGAAGAUUCUUCUUAGGUGGAUGAAUUUUCAGUUGAGAAAGGGAGGAUACUCAAGAACAGUUACAAACUUCUCAUCUGACGUAAAGGACGCUGAGGCCUAUGCUCAUCUUUUAAAUGUCCUAGCCCCAGAGCACAGUAAUCCAUCUACUCUGACUGUAAAAGAUCAUCUGGAAAGAGCAAACUUGGUCCUUGAGCAUGCUGAUAAGAUGGGUUGCAAAAGAUACCUAACAGCAAAAGAUAUUGUGGAUGGCUCUCCGAACCUUAAUCUUGCAUUUGUAGCACAUAUCUUCCAGCACAGAAAUGGACUCUCAACCCAAACAAAGCAGAUAUCCUUCCUUGAAACUCUACCUGAUGAUGCACAAAUCUCUAGAGAAGAAAGGGUAUUUCGUUUUUGGCUAAAUAGUAUGGCAAAUUCCUCGUACAUCGACAAUGUAUUUGAAGAUCUCAGAAAUGGAUGGAUUCUCCUAGAGACACUCGACAAAGUGUCUCCUGGGAUCGUUAACUGGAAGAUCGCUUCUAAGCCACCAAUCAAGAUGCCCUUCAGAAAGGUAGAAAACUGCAACCAGGUUGUCAAGAUUGGGAAACAAUUGAAGUUUUCCCUGGUUAAUAUCGCUGGAAAUGACAUCGUUCAAGGAAACAAGAAACUGAUAUUGGCCUACUUGUGGCAGUUGAUGCGCUAUAACAUGCUUCAGCUAUUGAAGAACUUAAGAUUCCAUUCACAUGGAAAGGAAAUUACUGAUGCUGACAUCUUGGAGUGGGCUAACAGCAAGGUCAGGAAUUCAGGGAGCCAGAGCCGUAUGGACAGUUUUAAGGACAAGAGUUUGUCCGAUGGAAUCUUUUUCUUGGAGCUACUUAGUGCUGUGCACCCAAGAUCUGUCAACUGGAGUCUUGUUACAAAAGGAUUAAGCGAGGAGGAGAAAAAGAUGAAUGCAACCUACAUCAUCAGUAUUGCAAGGAAACUCGGGUGUUCAAUAUUUUUGCUUCCUGAGGACAUAAUUGAGGUAAACCAGAAGAUGAUGCUCACAUUGACAGCAAGUAUCAUGUAUUGGACCUUGAAACAACCCGCCGAAGAACGACCUUGUGGAUCUUCCGACAGUGAGACCGGAAGCAUUCUCGACACCAGCUCAAACUCGACAAUGGAUGACACUGCUUCUGAAUCAUCAAUAGAUGACAACAGCAGUAAUUAAUGGAUGUCUUGAAAUUCAAACAACCGCAAUUAAAAAAGCAGUAUAUUGUAUUGAUUCUUGAUUGAAAAUUUUGAAUGAUUAGUGUUUGAGCAUGUAGAAAUAUUGAGCAUUUGAAUGCAGCUUUCGGCUGGAGCAAGAAGCAGCUCAUUUGUAUAGUCAUAAGUAUGUAUUUGGAUUGAUAUACCGGAAUGCUAUUUGUACACAUUUAUCAAAAAUUUGUCGUGUAUUGCAAUUCUUGCAUGUUGGCAUAUUAUCCAACAUGGAGAGAUCAGAAACUUUGUUUGCACUGAAAUGUAACAACAAUCUUAGGGUUGCCAUGCAGCCCUACUCCA